AUGUCCCACUCGAACAAGAACGAGUAUGAAAAGAAGGCGACUAAACCCGUUUUACGCUUUACUUUUGCCAGCGAGCAAGCGGAAGCGGUAAGGGAAUUUAUUGCUAGACUGGACGAAUACGCGGAGGAAUACGAUAUGGAGGAAACAGGAGAGGAAAUUUUAAAAUCAAUCCCAGGAGGAGGAUUACUUUCCAAGUCCUUACGAGGAAUUAGCCAUGUAGCAGACAGAGGAAAAGAUUGGAUUGUUGACGACAAAAUUAAAGGCAUUAAAGAAACCACUUCUGCUCUCCAAAAUUCCCAGUCCCUGCUCGAAGGACAAAUAACCGACUUACAAACUGGCCUCCAAGAAGCCAAAGACCGCGAAUUAGAAUUAGCCGCCGCCCAGCAAAGAUUAGCCAGUGAACUAGCUAAUACUACCGAAGAAACCAAAGCGGAGUUAGAAUUACAAAAGCAAGCCCUAGAAGAAGCGAUUGCCGCUAAUAAUACUGCCACCGAACAGAUAAAAACUGCUUUACAAGCGACCCAAACUCAAAUCCAAGAAGUCCAAAGUAGAAUGGAUGAUAGCGUAAGGGCAAUCGAAAUUUUACAAGAUGCUUCACUUUCGCAAGAGGAGAAAAUUAACAGCCUAAACGAACUAGUGGAAAACGAACGCCAGCGAAUGGAUGCUUUCGAAAAUCAAAUGGCAAAUUUGGCUGACCAUUUAGAGCAGCAAGAAACCCAACUAAACCAACACAGCGAACAAAUAAAUUCUUUACACCAAAAACACACCGAACUAGAAAAAAAA